AUGAAAACUGAGGAGCUAGUGGUCAAGAUUGACGAAGAGGAGGAGUUGGAAGAGGAGAGCAACAGGAGCAGUCGACGUCGCGUGCCACCUGCUGCUGAAGACAGCAACGCGCUGCAUGUGGACAUCGGGGACGGGGAAGAGGAGGAGCCAAGCGGCGCCAACAACGAAACUGAGCGGACGAACAAAAAGGUCAAGCGAAGCGUUAAUUUGAGAAGUUUAAUAGCCAAGUUUCAAGCACCACCCGCCACAGGGUCCAACGCGGGGGGUGAUGCGGAUCCAUACUCCUGGUUCGAAUCCAAGGACGUCCAGCAGCAGCAGCACAAGGCCGGCCUGGCAAAGAAGACUUCGAAAAGACAUUAG